GGCAGCAGGAGCCUCCCACUGAAGGCUUCAUGCUGUGGAGUAAAAUAUGAAUUUUCCCGGCCCCACCUCUGAGCCCUUCCUGAUGCUCCUUCCUGAAUACUGACGCCCCUGUGUGGGGUAGGCUGAGUUCUCAGCUCGACCCCCGAGGGACCAAUGGCUCCAGCGUCCAUAGGUGGCUAGUCUGCUCCUACGGCUGCUUCCCAUUGAUGUCACGUCAAUCGCCCUCAUUACACAGAGUUUCAAUCUGAUGGAAGGACUUCAUUUGCUUUUUUUCAUUCCCAGCAUUUCAUUCCCACCUGUGAAAAUCAUUUCACAAGUAUUUUCUAUGAAUCCUCACUGUAGCCCUAUUGAUGAGGAUUAAUGCCUUCAGGAUGAAAUGGAAGGAAUUACUACAUGACCCAGCAACUUUAUUCCAAGUUUGGAUGGAGAUGGCAAGUGCCUCUGGCUCCUGGCUUCCUGGCUGCCUUAUUAUGUUUGUUUUCCUCCAGCUGCCCACUCAUGGGUCAGGGGAUGCCAGCAAGGUUCACCUGGCCCCGCUAGGGGGCACAGCCCGGCUGCCCUGCCCCCUUUCCCUCUGGCCAGUCACGGUGCCCACUGAGGUGAGGUGGCUGCGGUCUCCACACCCCCAGCGCUCCCAGGUUGUUCACGUGUUCCGGAAUGGGAAAGACUGGGAUGAAGAUCUGAUGCCAGAAUAUAAGGGGAGGACGGCACUGUUGAGAGAUGCACAAGAGGGAAGUGUCACUCUGGAGAUCCGCGGGGUCCGGCUGGAGGACCGAGGGCAGUAUCGAUGUCAGGUCCAGAUCGGCAACCUCAGUCGAGAGGACAGCGUGACCCUGCAGGUUGCAGUUCUAGGCUCCGACCCUUAUAUCCAUGUGAAUGUCUAUGACGCUGGAUGGAUCCACCUGGUGUGCGGCUCAGCAGGAUGGUUCCCAAAGCCUUGGACCGAGUGGAGGGACCCUCAAGGCAGGCUGCUGCUGUUCCUGUCAGAGACCCACUCCCUGGACGAAUCUGGGCUCUUCCGAACAGUGGUGACCAGCAAAGUCAGGGACAGCACUCUGGGGAAUGUGUCCUGCACUGUUCGCAACGUGGCCCUUGGCCAAGAGAAGACCACGGCCAUGCUCAUAACAGCCCCAUCUUCAAGGAGCCUCUCCCCCUCAGCAGUGGCUCUUGCUGUGAUCCUGCCCGUCUUGGGGCUUCUCAUCAUCGUGGGUAUUUGCCUCCUCUGGAAGCAAAGAAGAUCAAAAGAGAGCCUACUUUAUGAACAGGUGAUGGAGGUAGAAAAUCUUCUCUCAGACCACGCAAAAGAAAAAGGAAGACUCCACAAAGCCAUCAAGAAACUCCGGAGUGAACUGAAGUUGAAAAGAGCUGCAGCAAACUCAGGCUGGAGAAGGGCCCGGCUGCACUUUGUGGCUGUGACCUUGGAUCCUGACACAGCACAUCCCAAACUUAUCCUGUCUGAGGACCGGAGAUGCGUGAGGCUUGGAGACAGAAAGCAGCCUGUGCCUGACAAACCCAGAGAGAUUUGAUUUUGUGUCAGUGUCCUGGGCUCGAGCUUCACGGCUGGCUGUCACUACUGGGAGGUGUAUGUGGGAGACAAGACCAAAUGGAUCCUUGGGGUGUGCAGUGAGUCAGUGAGCAGGAAGGGGAAGGUCACGGCCUCACCUUCCAACGGACACUGGCUUCUGCGACAGAGUUAUGGGAAUGAGUAUGAAGCGCUCACAUCCCCACAGACCUCCUUCCGCCUGAAAGAGCCCCCUCGGUGUGUGGGAAUUUUCCUGGACUAUGAAGCGGGAGUUAUCUCCUUCUACAAUGUGACUGACAAAUCCCACAUCUUCACUUUUCACCCACUGUUUUCUGGCCCUCUUCGCCCCUUCUUUGCCUGCCUUCACGAUGGAGGGAAAAACAUAGCACCUCUAAUUAUUUGUUCAGAACUCCAGAAACUCGAAGAAUCAACUGUCCCUGAGCCAAAAGGGAAAGGCCGUGCUAAUGGAGAUGUGUCCCUGAGGGUGGACCCUUCCUUACACCCCCCUCAGGUACCAGAGCUUUUCCCACACAGUGCUAUGAUUUUGUCCAGGCCCUCUGACCUAGGCCCAGCCCUACAGGGACUCAAGGCUCCUUCCCUUUAGGGAUGUGUCUCCUCACCUGUUCCCCUGAUUGUCCAGCCCAGCACCUGUGUUUGAGUCUCCUGGCCCAACACAUGAUUCUGGAAUGUCUCAUCUCCUUACCCCAAAUCCAGACCCUUUAUUUGUGCCACCUGUUCCCCAGGGCUUGGUUAUGAACCGUGCCUUGCUUUUGGGGACUUGAAGUUCCCACUGAUCUGGAAGAAGAAAUCCUGAAAACCAAAUAAACAAUCAGUUUAGGUUUAGGGGGAGAUGCUGAAUGGGUGGGACAGUACAAGUUCAGCAGAAAGGGUUCUCUACUUCAGGAGAUACUUUCUCUCUACCUCAUCCUCUACUCUGAGUUUUAGUGAUGAAAUUAUGGACCCCAGUUGACUGAAUUCUUGCUUCUUACUUAUCUUUCAGGGAUCGCUUUUCUCUCUUUCUCUCUCACUUCAGGACUUUAGCCCCCAGAGUCAUUUUUUUUUUUUUAAAUAAACAUGUUUUGGCUCACAUACCCUCCCUUCUUUCUUCAGGAACUGGGGGAAGGUGAAACAUGCCAUCCUUUUCAAUUUUCUUGAUGCUGCUUACAGCAUCGUUUGAUGAAACCAAAACCAGUAUACAUGUUUUCAAAAGCUAAUAAUAACCAGGUUCGGGGACUUUAAACGUGGGCACUAUAAUCUGGACAGCCUCAGGAGCACAAUCAGGGAGCUGGGAAGGACAGCUUCAAACAGAGCAGCUCAGCUGUGUAUGGCCUUGAAAAGGCACUAGCAGAGUCAGGCUGGUGUGCUGGCCCUUUUGAACAAAGGCUUUGGGCCUCCUGAGAUUCAGAGAGGCCCAGCUAGAAAAAGUGACAGAUUGAGCCACCAAUAUAGGAGGUAUUUCCCUAAGACCAUUUACAGGAAGACUUAACUAUUUGUGUAGCACACAACCUCUCAGGUCAGAUGGUAUUGAUUUCAAAUAAGAAGCUGAUAGUAGACCAUGUGUGAGGAUAAACUAAUGAGCCUGGUUUUUGGUGUGGCUUCCAGAAAGAAGCCUCGCUACUUUAAAGUCACACCACAACUAUGAUCUGGCCUGCUUGUGGAGCUAUUGGCUAUCAGUUUGCAGAAGGGAGCACAGUUGUACCAAAUAGAAUUGAGAUCUUUCUGCCUGUCAGAUGUUCUCUCUGUUAGUGCCUGAGUGGAAUUUUUGUUUGCUUUCGUACAGUUCUUAAAUAAAAGUUUGAUAUUUCAUUGUUUGGAAUGCUAUGUUCAUUGUGAUUGAGAAGCUGUGGGAAAGGCUUUGGACUUGUAAGAGAAAAACACAACAUGUAAUUGGUUUCCAAACAACCUUGAGCUCACUCAAGCAAGCUUUAACCACAGUUAAUAAUAA